AAUUUCAGAUUUCUAAAAAUUUUUGAUGAUUUGGCAAAGGUGAAAAGGAUAAGCAUCACUGUUAUUUAGCAGUCGUUGGGGUGACCUUUUUCGGAUGCUUUCAAUGACGACUUGUCGUCAUGCUAAUAAAUCUCCUUAUUACUUUGGUACUGGAUAUGUUCAGUGAUCAUCGUACUGCUGAUGCUCGGCGACUUCCGGAUAUCUAUUGGAACAGUACAAAUCCAAUGUUUGAUAUAAGUAAUACGGAUCACGUGAUGUCAGUCAAACUGCUUGAUCGAGUAACCAUUGUUUGUCCACAGCCAACUAUCAAUCCGCAGAUAUCAUAUGAAUAUACAAAAUUAUAUGCUGUAUCCCAAAGUGGUUACGAAAAUUGUCAAUUAUUAGAUGAAAGGUUAAUUGGAGUCUGUCAAACUCCGAAACAGCAAUCCUCGAUCAGUAUAGUUUUCCGAGAUUUCUCCCCACUUCCCGGUGCACUAGAAUUCAAGCCAGGCUACAGCUAUUAUUUUAUCACCACUUCAGAUGGUACCGAAAAGGGUAUCGACAGGCGGUCCGGUGGUCUAUGUGCUAGUGAACAUAUGAAGAUCAAAUUUGAAAUCCAAUCAGAUCGAGGGGACAAUCUCAACGAUUACUUCGAACCUUCAAGUGCUCAUUUUAGGCAUCGAUUACAGAAUUCAGCCGAAGUAUCGACCCCAUUAUUGUAUAUAAUUCAUACUAGUGAUUCAUCCGCCGAAGGAUAUGCGGCAGCGGAAGACGAAGGUGAUGCAGCUUGCAAUUAUCAGUUGAAUAUAUCAUUAACGGUGCUAGCCCUAAUAUUUUUGUACUUCACUACCAUCGCAUGAUUAUUCCAAUGGAUUCAUCCACAGAAUUCCUACAGGCUACUUAUUUUUGACGGUCAUUAACGAUGUGCGGGGUCAGCUGUGUGAUUGUAUCUGAUAACGUGAUCACUUGUUGUUUCGAGAUAUCAGUACUUCACAGAAAUCAUUUCAAAUCGUAAAACAUGCGAAUAAAUAUGGUCAAUCUUCAAGCCGU